AUGUUCUCCAAACUACUGUCCCAUGCUAUUUUUCGUAGAUCUGUCUCCAUUCCAAGAUCCAGCACUAUACCACAUAUCCAGGCGCCGUCCAAAGACCCCCUUUUCCCAUUCAUAUACACGAGCGGACGAUGGGUGCACCGGGAUAAGGAGCAGCGCGCCUUGCGACGUGUCGAUUUCCAAUUCCAAGAACUUUGCAAGAAAGUCUUGUCAUUAUGUUCAGAGGCCUCGCACAUAAUUAGUUACGAGAAAAAGGAGGGUGGUUUCAACAGGGUUCUCAUAUUUCUCUUGAAUAAUGGGAAACGAGUAGUGGCACGUCUGCCAACUCGAGUCGCAGGCCCGUCGGCUCUGACCACUAAUUCCGAAGUUGCUACCAUUGCAUAUGUGAAAUCUCAUACUACAAUUCCCGUGCCCCAUAUUCUCGCUUGGUCAGAUGACGCGAGUAAUCCCAUUGGCAGCGAAUACAUCAUCAUGAAACACGUCGAGGGUGUGCAAUUACAAGAACGAUGGCUUACCAUGUCCGGAAGUCAAUAUACCCGAUGUGUUCAAUCAGCGUGCAUGACAAUGAAGCAGUUGGCAGCACUUGAAUUUCCAGCAUAUGGGAGCAUAUAUUUUGAGAACGCACCAUUUGACUCGACCUUGAAGAUACCCCUUAGCGAAGGCUUUUGUAUUGGGCCACACUGCUCAACUACAUAUUGGGAUCGCAGUGCCAGCCACACGGAAAAGGGUCUUACGGUUCCUGCUGGUCCUUGGAAGAAUCUCGCAGCGUAUGCAUCGGGUCUUGUAGCCAAUGGUCACUCUAAACUUCCAUCCACCUCCUCCCAAAUCGAUCUAUCACGACCAUCCUAUUUCGGCACUGUCAAGGAGCACCGGAACCUCCUAGAUUUGGCUCAGAUUAUACUUCAAAAACUGAUAACGCAACCACAAAUUGAAAAUGCUUCGGCACCAACUCUACUCCAUGCAGACUUACACGCCAGGAACAUUUAUGUUUCGGACGAAGACCCAACCUUAAUCACAUGUCUUAUUGAUUGGCAAUCGAGCUCAAUUGAACCCGCGUUCACAUAUGCAAAUGAUGUGCCAGAUUUUGCCGCUGCCCCUGAAGAUUCACCAGAAGAAGCGGCUUCAAGUCACCAACCUUCUUUAUCCGAGCAAGACAUCAAAAUGCAAAAGGUGGCUUCGUACAGUAAUCAGGCAUAUGAAAUUUGCAUGAAAGCUUUCAUUCCCAAAAUGCGGGUGGCGAGAUCAGUUCACCAGUUGCUUGUCCGGCCAUUUCAGUACUCCAACACUUCAUGGAGAGAUAGUGCAACUGCGUUGCGGCAGGAAUUUCUUGAUCUCGCAGAGAAUUGGAAUCAUUUGGGUUUAGUUGGGAAAUGUCCUUACCGUCCUACUCCGGAAGAGCUUGCGAAACAUCAGGAAGAACACAAGGCUUUUGAACACGUCCAGGAGCUCAAACUGAUGCUUAUCGAACUUCUACGUACAAAUUCUGACGGAUGGGUGCCCAUUGAAUGCUGGGAGGAGGUAAGGCGUGCUCACAAAAAAAUCUUUGAUCUUGCGUUGGAAACUGCACGCAAAGGUGAAGAUGAGUCAAUGACCGAGAAGGAUGUGAAGGAGUUGUGGCCUUUUGAUGAUUGCAAGUCUUGA